AUGGAGCAUAUUGUUAUCGAGAUCCCUCAAGGAAGAGAUGUUGUGAAGUCUCUUAUAAACUUAGCUCGAUCUCGACAAGCAGGACUCACCGUGUUGAGUGGCUCUGGUUUAGUCUCUGAUGUUACCUUUCUCUUUCCAGAAACACGUGUUAUUGGUUUCCCCGUUGAAGGACCAUUCAAUAUAAUAUCUCUCACGGGAACUUACAUAAAUCCUUAUAUUUGUCAGGCUUCUCCCUCAUUGUUGAAUAUUGCCUCGUCUAAUUCAUAUUUCUCUAUCUUUGUCUCCAACGGUGACGAGGGACACGUUUAUGGUGGAAUUGUUAAAGGAAAGAUUAUGGCUGCUAGCAAAGUUUUGAUUACCGCGGCUCUUAUUAAAAACCCUAAUUUUCAUAGGUUUGGUAAUGUUGGUGGAAGUCUUCACGAGAUGCCAAAUGAUAGGCUGCAAGUGAUCAAUAAUGGUCGUUUAGAAGACGAGUCCAACAACUUUACUAACACUUAUGAUUAG